ACUUGGUAUGGGUGGUUUCGCUUUCUUUUUUGUGAACGUGACAUGAUGUGUGUGUCUUUGUGUACCCUGAUGCUGUUUUCCUUUGAGCCAGCCUUGUGAUCACAAUCUUUCGCUCGUGAACAGAAUAGAUGAUAAACAAGCAAGAAAGGGUAAAGCUGGAGACUGGAAUAUCUCUCUGAGAUCCAAUCCGUUCAGAUAUAAUACCCCUGCAUUUAAAAGCACCGGCAUUACAUCACCAAUGUUCCACUCACAGCGUCAGGAGCGCCGUUUAAUAUUUAACGGGAGAGAUCAAAACAGCUAGAGAGCGCCGAAUGGAAGAUGGUGGGAUUUAAAACAAAUAACAGGAAUGGCACUUUAAGGUUAUAAUUUACCCUCGUCUGAGCAGCAAGAUCUUUUCAAAUAUAAAAUAUAAUGUCAUGGCAGAGGCAAAUCCAACGGUAUCCGUUCAAGCGCCCGGUGCAGCAGACACUUCUUAUGAGGAAUAUGAAUGCAAAAUCUGUUACAAUUAUUUCGACCUGGAUCGCAGGGCUCCCAAGAUACUGGAGUGCUUGCACACAUUUUGCGAGGAGUGCCUGACCACUUUGCAUUUCAGACAAGACCGACCGUGGCGCAUCGGCUGCCCGGUAUGCCGCCACAAGACACCCGUGCCGGAUUACAGGAUCGUCAACCUGCCCAACAACACCAAAGUGACGGAGGCUUUCCCUUUGUACAUCGAGGCAGACCCUUUACCCCAAGACAGCCUUCCUCCGUACCCUCCUCCGUCGCGCUACGCUGCAGCCCCGCAGCAGGAAGAACCAGAAGUGAGCGAGUCGCAGGCUGCAGCCCCAACGCACACCCCAAGAACCCCCUCCGCAUCCACCCGCUACGAGAGCUGCCAGAACUGCAAACGAGCCGCGCUGACGGCGGGCUGUGUCUGCGUUGUGUUCUCCUUUCUCUCCAUGAUCGUGCUGCUCUUCACGGGCCUGAUGUUUGUUCAUAAUUACAACAACCCCCCCUCGCCCAUAGGCCCCAUCUGUCUGUCUAUAGCCAGCAUUCUCGCUUUGUUUUCAGUGGUUGUCACGUGGCUCAUCUGCUGGCUGAAGUAUAAACCUGAGCGUACUAAUACAAGCAGGCAAGAAAACUGAGCGUCGGUUCUCUGCAGCAGAAGAAAUUCUUGAUUUUUCAUUUUACCACAAAAUCUACAAUAUGGCCUUCUACAACUGACAUGAUGCAGUAAACACCACUUUUAGACAUCACAUAACUGUUUAUUAAUUGAUGGUCACUGCUGAGUUUUAUUAUAUUAGUAGUAGUAGUCGUAGUCGUAGUAGUAUUCAUAUAUAUUUGGUUUAUUACAUAUAAUAUUAGUUAUUUUAUUUUGGUAUCGGUAUUUGGUGCAUUAUUCGGGUUGAUUUGCCAAUGCUGUGUAACUGAACUGUGCUUCAUCGUGCUGUUUUUUUGUCAGUGUUACCAUAUAAAUACACCUUGAGUGCUUUGAUGAGUUAUUAUACAGACAACAUUGAUUAUUAGUUGGUUUCAUUUGUAUACAAUUAUUGGAAUCAAAAUACGUGAGGUGCACUGAUGAGGGAGCUAGAUGAACCAGCUACUUUGUGAUGUUUUCUGUUUAGUACCUGACCCUGAUGUGUUGACAUCAACAUAUUCUUAUUCGGAGACAUAAUGUUGUGUCUGGCAAUCGAAACGGUGUGGGUAUGACUUUACUGGCCGGUCACACAUACGAUCUUUACAUAGUAUGCAAAAAAGAAAAUAACACGUGCAUGUCAUCACAACAAAACAAAGGAGCCGGUUUGCUGAGUAGCACGUGAGCAUCUUCACCAGCUACUUCAACAAGCCAUUUAUAUAAAACAAAGUCAUUGUCUUGUCUCGGUUGUAUUUAUUUUGAAGCAAAGUACAGUAUAUGCCUGCACUAAAUGAUACACCGUAAUUUGACACCGAAUUGUUAAAAUAUGAGAUGUUUAUACUAAAAUAAAUUUAAAUGAAAUUGCUACUCUUUUAUGUUCUCUUUGUUCUUCAGUGUGAAACUAGGCCAAUGUAGAAAUGCCUGCAGCGUACAGUAACUGCCUUGUUUUAUCAGUACGCUAUAACAUAUGCACUUCCUGGCAAUGGCUAUAUAGUACCUACAGACCCCUGUACCCUGUUACAUUAAUGCAAUGGGUUAUAUUUAGUAAUUACCAGUAAAUGGGACUGUUAUAAAAUAUUCCAAGUAUUUUUUUUAUUAUUAUUUCAGUUUAUUAACACAACCUUUGCCUCAGACCUUACCUUAAACUAUUUAUUAUCCUGAGAAAACUAGAAAAAUGCAGAAACAUUAGGUUAAUAAUUUCAGUACAAAGACGAUCACAUGGAAGUCUUAAUAACUGGAUUGUCAAUUAACCAGACCAUUACUUAGUCCCAAUAAAACACGUAAUUUCGAUUUUAUUAUUUAACAUGAAUAUCUAAAUUUAGCAAUUUUGUUUUAUUUUCAAAGACAUAUAAUUUUGUCCAUUUUACAAUACAGCAAGCGCCCUCUACUGGUAGUAAUUGUUAACAACAUCUCACUGAAACUUUCACCUAUAUCGAGAAAUAAAUAAUGCGACUGUCUAUGCAGAAUCUGAUGUUACAUUUGAUGCAAACAAAAACAAACAAACAAACAAACAAAAAACAGCUUGACACGAAGGAAAUACUGUACAUGUUUAAUGAGUGUUUACACAUUAGCAGAAAAGACUAAUUCAACAAAAACAAGAAAGGAGAAAAAUAAUUGAAACGUGUAAAACAGUUUGUUAGAAAUAUUAGUUACCGGAUUUAUGCAAUUAAAAAAUGGUUUGCUGCAGUUUAAUAUGCAAAUGUAUGAUGCGAAAGCAAAUACAGAUAAACAUAUAUUAGUUGAAUGCUUACUUUGACCAUUGCAUUGUCACAUGGUUCCCUUUCAAUUCGAAGACAACCACCAACCAAUACUUUUGGGAUAUGACUUCCUUAGGUAGGUGUUCGCUGAGCAUUUGAUGUCAGAGCCGCCGAUAAAGUGACGUCCUUGGUCCCGCCUGCUGAGGGAAUAAGUAGUCGCUUACAGUAAGGUACACUUUCCAGCCCUGGGUGCUUCGAAAAAAGGCUUGACAGGGUCAUGGGGCCAGAAUGUUCGGCCCUUGUGACUGAGCUGUCUGAGGCUCUAGGAGCCCUGGUUACCCCCCCUCCCCCCAACUGUCCCAGAGCCCCUCAUAGGGUAUCCCCUGCACACAGGAUCAGCCACCACCCUCUCACAGCCGCUGCCCAUCUCCACAGAUGGCAAAGCGGGUCAAGCGCUUUAGACAGGCAAGGGACAUCAUGGACCUGAAAGUGCAUAUGGCCCAGGUCCUGGAGGUGUCGGCGUGGCAGCAGCCAGCAGAUCUGCCAGUGCCUGUCCCAGUAGCUGGAAUCAUCAGCACGGAUGGCAGAGGAGGGGGAAGGACUCUCUAAAGCGUCCUCCUGGAAUGAGGACUCCUUCCCCACUGAGAGGGAGGAAGGACAGGAGUCCGCGCUCUCUACCGAGGCACAGCCCAGCUCCGAGGUUGCCUCGGAGGCUAGUGCGUCCCCAUUUCUGAGCUCCAUGUCGGCCCUGAUGAGACGUGCUGCAAUCUUUUUUGCAGGUCCCUUGAGCGACAGCAGCUGAGCCACACCGUGUUCAGGAUGCAGGCUGAGGCUUCUCGGCCUCAGCCCUUCCCAGCAUUCCUGGAUUUCAUGGAGGAGAGAUCGUCCUGCCUCAGUACACAGUGUACUGAAGCAAGUGGCCCAGCUUGCUUCCUUAGAGGGCACGACUCCACCAUUGCGGCCUUGGUCAAGGCUCUGCUAGUGGGGGGCUUGCCCAAGGACCCUGCAUGCCCAAACCCGCAAUGCAGGGUCAUGGAGACACACUUGAAGCAGUAUCCUGACCGCCUAUUUGGAAGCCCUGCUCCCUGGCUUCCGAGUUACGCCUCCUUUCAGGCAUACUGCUCCAGAUCUCCGGCGAUUGGUUUACAACAGUGGACUUGAAAUAUCCAUUUAGCGGAUGGAAAUAUCUCCACUUUGCCUUUCAGGGGAGUGCCAUUCAGCUUCUCCUAAGCCCCCUGCAUCCUUUCCGAAGUGUGUGGGCAUAUAACCUCUCUCUGCCCAGUGAGGGCAUUGAGAGGUUAUAUGGAUAGGACGAAAGUGCUGCGUCAGUCUGACCAGCUCUUUGUUUGCUAUGGUGAAAGGACCCUGGGGCAAGCCCUCUCGAAGCAGCGACUGGCCCACUGAAUUGUGGACACAGUAUCGACUGCUUAUAAUGAGGCCGGCCUACCCCCACCGGGGAGGGUGGCCGCGCAUUCUACUAGAGGGGUGACCACGUCAUGGGCGCUCUUUCGAGGUGCAUCAUUGACUGACAUUUGUACUGUGGCUAGCUGGGCUACUCUGCAUACAUUCACCAGGUUCUACCGAAUCAAUGUGGUAGAUCCCUCUAAGCCUUCAUUAGGCACUAGGGUCCUUGAGUGUAAAAUAAAGGGUUCUGGGCUAUAGAAAGCUACAUGUUAUUUUUUUACAUACUGAAAUAUUUUACUUGGAAUUAGAAGCUGAAGCAGCAAUCAGUACUUAAAAUGCUAUUAUUAUUAUUAUUAUUAUUAUUAUUAUUAUUAUUAUUAUUAUUAUUAUUAUUAUUAUUAUUUAUUGCUAUUGUUCGCAUAUACAGUUUUUAAUACAAACUGAACCGUGUCACGGUCCACACUGGCUGACUCAAAAAGUCGGCAGCACCUAUGCUUGCACUGUAGAAGAGAAUCUCUCUCCGUCAUGAUUUGCAAUUUUCCUUAUUCUUUAAAUAAAAAAGUUAUCCCAAAGGUGAUUGGGUACUCUUGCAAUUACACUGCAUGCCUGUAAAAUGACCAGACCCUACGUAGAACAUGCACAGUUCAUUUACAUGUAUUUAAAGCACAUACUAUUUUAUGUAUUCUGAUUGGUCCAAAUCAAUACGUGUACUGGGUAUGCGUUUUUGAUCCGAAUGGCCUUCCAUAAAUUUGUAUACAGAAGGACAUCUGGAUACACUAAGAACUGUAUAAUAGAGGGAAGUUAACUAAGAGGGAUGUUAACUAAACCCUUGAAAUCAAUAGUGGAGCAAUACUAACACAUGCGUUAUAUUAAUGCCACACACCUCUUUUUGUAUUUGGGCUAUUGGCGCACAUUUGUAUGUGACACCAUAUACACAGCAGUUUAAUCAGUAAUGUACUGUAUUAGAAAAGCCAGUAACGUCACCUCAGAGCUAAAGCCAUCUACAGUAAAGCAGUCCUGUUUCAUGCUGGAGUCAAGCAGUACACUCUAACAUGCUUUGAAAUUUAGCACUACGUUGUUUUUGUUAAAACCAAACAUUAACAUGAUUAAAAUCCCAUUUGUAAAUGUACCCCAACUUGUUCCAGUGUAUUUGUACUGUUGUGAAUGACAGUGUUGUCAACAGUGAGGUGAGUAAAACUGCCCCGCCACACCGUAUGCUGGUCAGUUACAACCAAGGAAAACAGCAGGGGUCCAGGAAUGCCUCCCCCAAACCCCCCCCCCCCCCCCCCCCUCCCGGGGUGCACCAAAUGUAUUGGGGCGGGUUUCCGAAUUCACCCCAUUUAUAUGUAGUCAUGAGGCGUCCCAUCACACUGCUGUCUUUUUAUUGGUAAAUAACUACAGAAUAGGCUUUAUUCAAUGUUUCUAAACACUAACAUAUCUAAAUACAGAGCUAUUAAACAAGGGCCCAAACCUGCUUUUUUAAUUUAAUUAAAAAUGACUCUGAAUAAACUUGCAGCAGUAUUCAUAUCUGCUACCGUUUAUAUCUAGUGAAUUGUCACCAGAUGUACAGUAGUGGUUAACUGAUAAUACAAUUUAAGUGUAAAAAAAAUAUUUUGUUACUGAACAUUGCAGAAAUUGUGAAUAAAACAGAACUUUUGGUAGAUAGCCUACCCUGUAUGAUCCAGUACUUAGAGACAACAUCGGAAGAGCAUCUGAAAUAAAGUGUAAGAGGAGUGGCUUUGCUGGCAGAGGCUGUGUUUUAUCUGGCAAGGAACAGUGGUUCCUUUCUCAUAAUUACAUGUUUUGAAUGAUAUUUGUUGAUUAUGAUUAUUAUGCCUUCACUAUCUAUGUAAUCAGAGUUAACACAGGUUUAUGUAUAAGUUGCACCAGAAUUAAAUAUAUUGGUAUAAAUGCUGUGCUUAGGAAAAUAUUGUGUAGAGAAAAAUAUCAUACAAAUUGUUGCUGUGUAAUGCCAUGGAAUUCUGUAAUAGAAUCUAAACCUGUAUUAACAGCUAUUACCAGGAAACAGCAUGCUAUUACCAGUACUAUGAUAAAAUCACUGUAAUCCCUGUUAGCACUAGUAGGCUUUUUAAAUGGCUUUCCUAACAUGCUUGUAUUACACAUAUUAAACUUCUUUUGGAGCAUAUUUUGAACUUGAUAAAGGAGGCCCUGGAUCUCCUAUAUUACCUCAACUGCUUGACUUUAUUAAAUUACCAAGAAAAAAGCACAGCAGGCAUGUGCUAAUUCAAUUUUUGAUAAGAAUCAAAGAACUGCAUGUUCAAAGAAGCAAAAAAGUGACGUGACAGUUCAAGAGAGAUCAUGUGCUAACCAUUCAGGGAUAUGUUUGUCAGUAGGUUAACAUGAGACUACAUUAUUUUUCCUUGUGUGUUUUCAAGAAACAUGUUUAAUAACAUCCCAACAGGAGAUAAACAACUGAUACAUAUUCGAGAGAGAGAGAGAGAGAGAGAGAGAGAGAGAGAGAGAGAGAGAGAGAGAGAGAGAGAGAGAGAGAGUAUAGAUUUACAACUCCUGUGUGCAUAUAAAAAACUUUGAAGUUUGUACUUUGUUUAUUUGCUAAUUGACUAGAUCUUUAAAAUAAGCUAUUAAUGUCUUUGUAAAGUGUUACAUGUGAGAAUGGCUGUGGUUUUGAGUUUUAGAUUGGAUGAACCAUUGAUUGUCAAAUUGUGUUUCCCUGAUUAGGGAAUGUGAAAUGCAUGUUUAUGUGUUAAUCAUGAGUGUAUAUUAACUCUGUUUAAUUACUUUUAUGUCUGG